AUUAUAUUAACCAACCCAUUUCAAUGCUAAAUUAAAUUGUUCUAUUAUUUAUGAACGGUUAACUCGUAAGAAAUGGCACAAGCACACAUAGAUAGUAAUCAGUUUAUCACUUGUCCAGAACAUCUAUCGGAGAACGCAAGGUUCUAUUGCGAAGAUGAUCAUGUGAUGAUAUGCGAUGACUGUAUCGUAGGAAGUCACUGUGGGCAUAAGAAAAUCAAACUUAAAGAUUAUCUCAGCAACAAAAGGCAGCAUUUGAAACAGAAUGCAAAAGAUAGUAGAGACAACAACCUCCCUAACAUACAGGAUGCAUUAGAAAAGGCGCUCAAAGGCAAAACAGAUUUUAAUAAUUCAGUCGAUAAACAACUUGAGAGGGUAAAACUAAGACGAGAAAUGGCAAAAAAAGCGUUUGACGAAUUACAAGAUGAGUUGGUCCAAGAUUUUGAAUCUGCUAGAAAUGCUGCGAACGAUGAAUUUGACAGAUUUUCUGAGAGGCAGCAAUCUAGAAUAAACCUAAUCCAAGAAACUAUACAAACUGUUGAAUCUAGAAGUUUAGACAUGUUGGAUACAGAGGUAGUGUCCUACGAUGAAAAACUUUCAUCAAGUAUGACUGAUGAUCCGUACUUGGACGUACCACCGACAAUUCAACCACCAAGAUAUCAGUGCCAAGAUGAUUCAGUACAAAAAGGUAAAUUGCAAACUAUCCUUGGAUACAUGGAAUCAGGAACUUAUGCCGAGGUUGCUGCAGUUGAUUUUCAGCGUAGACACAAUGUGGAUCAAGACAGAAAUAGGAAAACAGAAGAGGAAAACGGAAGUGAUUAUUGCCCGGAAUCAAUUGUAGUUGAAGAUAAGAGAGAUUUUUUGGCUGUUAAAACGUUUAAACGUACUGACAAAGUCUCCCAUAUUAUACCAAAGCAGAGUCUACAAGCAUGGCUAAUUCAUAGUGAUAUCGAAGAAGUUGACUGUAGCUCGGGAAUGGUUAAAACAAAAAUAAUAAAGACUUUAGAAGAGAGACCACAGUGUGCCACCCGUAAUAACGCAAACGAGCUUAUCAUUGGAAUGUGGAACAAGAAGUCACUUAAGCAGCUGAAAAAUAGUGGAUCAUUCGGAUUCAAUUUCUUUGCUAGAAAUAGAAACUAUACCCUUGGAACUUAUAAGAACACUGCACCUCUUCAGGCUGUGUGUUUAUGUACCUGUAAAUCUGCGUCUGUUAACGGCGACAUUACCGUAUGUCUUGUCGAAAAACCAGCCUCUGACCAGAAUCCAGUUAAGAACCCAAUUAUUCGAAGAUAUGCAAAUGACAAAACACAGCUUGAAAGUGAUCUUGUUUUGUCGGAAGAUAAAGUUGAUAUUGAAGCACCAGCUUAUUUGUCAGAAAACACGAAAGGCGAUUUAUGUAUAGUAAGUUGUCCGGAAGGAAAGGCUUCAUGGAUUACCAUAACGGAUGAAAAUGGAAUCAUGAAAUUCAAAUAUCCGGAGACUGAUCUGAAGGUUGCAAACCGAAUUGAUUAUGAUUUUAUAGGUGCAGGUUUUCUAUCUGACGGAACAAUAACCGUGUUAGACAGAAUAGGCUUUAGACAACAUUUAAUCGACAAAGAAGGCAUGCUACUUCAAAUUGACACACACGAGAAUCUACCAGCUUGCUUGGCUAUUGCUCCUAACGAUCAUGUGUGGAUCGGCUUUGAUGAUGGACAUGUUAAAGUAUUUACAUACAGAAAUGAAUAUACUGAGGUUUCUAUCAAAAGUUUAAAACACGAAAAAACAAAAGAAGAAAGCUGUUAGCGGUGUUUGAUUAAAACAGUAUUACAGUGAAAACUGGGUAAACCGAACCCUGAUAAAACCGAAUUUCAGUUUAAACCGAACAAUUUUCAAAGUCCCACAAAAUUUCCCUAUCAUUUAACGUUAAUCUAACCUGAAAUAACCGAACCCUGUCAACACCGAAUACCGAACACCUUUUGAAGGCUCGUUAGUAAAUUUUUAUCUAAAAAUUACCUGUCAAUAUCGAUCGAUAGCAAUCAAAACAAUAAAAUAUUAUAAUGAUUUGCAUGAUUUAAUUAAACAAACACAGGAUGGCAGAGUAUCCCCGAGGGUAUAAGAGUCGGAUAACCUAUUUUUUUAACCUUUCAUCAUUUAAAUUCUUAAGCGGACGCAUAAGAAGUAAACACACAUAUAUCUAUAAUAUUUUACUUUAUUGAAAUCGAUUUUACGAAUGUUACUCUGAAAAAAUAAUCGUAAAAGAAUAAGAGGCAACUGUCACUGAUUGCGGUAUUAUCUUGAACUAUUUGGAAUGGGAUUCUGAAUUAUAUAGAAACAUGUUACUUCCACAUAUUCUGUUAUAUCUAUUGUUUUAUUAAACAUUGGAUUCAACCAAACAUACCAAAGGUGUCAUAUGACCAUAUGUUUAUUAAAACAGAACACAAAUAACAUGAUCACAUUCGUUUUAUAUUACUCUGGCACUUGGUACAGUAAAAUUAAACUGAAUUUUUCAUGUCACAGGUUGAACUUACUUCAAAUAUGUUUGAUUUUUUUUUAUUGUGAAACCCAUUGGAUAACUAUCUGAUAGUUAUUAUUAUUAUAAUGAGUAGUAUUUGUUGUAUACGUAGUAUAUCAUUGGAGUAUUUCGAUUUGAAAUGAAAUUGAUUGUAUUGUUAGGCGACGUUAUGAAUGACCGCAUAAUGUCUUAUAACGCUGUUGUGUUCCAAGUUAGUAAGUAGGAUUUAAUAGAAAAGGAAAAUGUAGUAUAUUCCAUUUUUUUGGGUAUAUAUCAUUUUAACCUUUUUGGGAAAAUAAAUUAAUACCACCAAUUUUGGCAUAAUACAUAUUACCAGCGAAAGCAAAUUACUUAUGCCUUACGGAAGUAAAUUAAACAUGUUAUAAAACUAUGUAUAUGUGUAAUUUCGUUCAUUAAAACAGACAGUGCAUUAGAAUGAAAUUAUUUUUUCCUGUUUCAUCAAAUGUAGCAUAGAGGGCGUAAUGUUUUCCCGCUUCAAAAUUAUUUUCGCGGUGUUUGUUUUGCCUAUGUAAUCAUCCAGUCCGACACCGUCAAUCUGAGCAGUCGAAUUUUCUUUGUAAAUUUUAUUUCCCGUUAAAGUUUAUGAAGCUUUAUCUUUUGAGAGAUUUUUGUUUGAUACUGAUGUUUGAAUUAUAUAUUGUAUGUGUAGAUAUAUAUGUAUGAAUUGUAUUUAUUUCUAAUUAAAUAGAGAG